GGACCUCUUGCGAUACACAGCUCAUCGGGCCCGGCGACCAGAGCCCUGAGCGCUCCCCUGCGGAUGAAGAGCCCAAGCAGCUAAUAGCCUGUGCCCAGCAAAACGCUACCCUUUGCUCUCGGUUGCCUAUCCUACCCUAUCUGAAGUCUUCUUCGGUGAUGCGCUCAGACGAGGUCUGGGUCAAUCUCCGUCGGAGGAUCCACCGAUUUGAUCUCGACGACGGAGACACGGAGCUAGAAACGGCUAUCCUCCAAUGGAAGCUGUUCCUGGGCUGGCUUCCGUCCUCGAUACCCCAUUCGAGCCUAGUCGUACUCAGCGAGUACGCGGAGCUCCUCCGGAUUCGCUUCCAAAGUCAUGGAUCCGUGGAUGACCUGGAAGAGAGCAUAGAGCUUCAUCGUCGGGUUGUGGACUAUCUUCGAUCUCGCGGAAAGCUACACGCGGUCGCCUUAAACAAUCUCGGCGUCGCCCACGCUCUGCGGUUCUUCAACUUCACUCGCUCCGACGAUAUCCAGACAUCCAUAGCGCUACAUGAAGAAGCGCUCUCGAUAGCUUCGGCGCAGAGACAUGACCGGGCGGAGUCUCUUGUUCACCUCGGCCAUGCCCUUACGCUGCUACAUCGCCUGGACACCAAAGCACCCUUGGUCAAUCGCGCAAUUGAACACCUGCGCGAAGCGCAUAACCUCAUCCCCGAAUCCGAUCCCCUCUUCGUCAUCACCACCUUGCAUCUUUCGGACGCUCUUCGUCAACUAUUCUCCUACUCAGGGGGCAAACCCGACGACAUCCGCGAUGCCGUCCGUCUGGCCCGCAAAGCUGUCGAACUCUGUCCUGCCCGACAUCGGCAAAGGCCGGAAAUCCUGAUCGGACUCGCGGGCAAACUCGGAGUCUUCUUCGAAGUCGAAGAUAACCAGGAGCUUCGCGAGGAGGAGCGGCUCUUGUACCGACAGGCCCUCGCCGAACAGUCUCCGAGGCAUCCGUUCAGAUGCGUCGCGCUCGCCCAACUCGGGUAUCGGCUCGCUUCGGGCCAGUACUUUGGUGAUAGCACGAGCGCGGAGCUCGAUGAAGCCAUUCAGCUCGGUCACGAGGCUCUUUCGUUGACCACUCCGGAACAUAUAUGGUAUCAUGUCAUUCUGAGCACGCUCGGAUACGCGUACUCCCGAAGAUCCUCGCUCGCGGCCGAACAUCGUUCAGACCUCGAUGAGAGUAUCUUGUUACAACGUCGCGGCGUCGAACAUGUCCGUGCCACUGCCAGCUACCGAUAUAUCCACCUUCACAACCUCGCGGAUGCACUCGAAGUUCGUUGGCAGCGCGAAAAGAAGCCGGAGGACUUGGAGGAGGCAAUUAGCCUCGCCCGCGAAGCGCUCCGCCUCUGUCCUCCAGGUCACAACGACCACCCGUACUCCGCGUACGCGCUAGGCAGGCGGCUCCUCGUUACUUCGUCGUGGACCUUCGAGGAAAUCGAUGAGAUUGUGCGCUGUUUCGAGGCUAUAAACAACACCAUUUACCCACUCGGACACCCUCUGAGGUCGUGGGGGGUCGGAAACAUCGCCCAGCUGGUCCACGCGCGGUACGUGCGCUCUCAAGACCCGCACGAUUGGACAUACGCUAUGGACUGCUUCCAGCUGGCCACCGACGAUCCGCACACGUCCUACGUCCGGCGUUUUGCGGCGGUGAAGCGAUGGAUAGCCGCCGCGGAGAAGUCGAAUUCGGUCGAGAUGGCGCUGAUGGCGUACCAGCGCGCGGUGGACAUGCUCCCCUACCACACGCACCUCGGCCUUGAUCUCGCGGGGCAGCUGGAGUCCAUGAAGAGGAGCUUCGCAACGAUGUCAUGCGAGGCGGCGGGCUGCGCGUUGGCUUCGUCUCAACCGGUGGAGGCGGUGCGGAUGCUCGAGCAGAGCCGGUCGAUAUUCUGGGCGCAGAUGCUGCAGCUGCGCACCUCGUUCGAGGGCCUGCCGCCGAACCUCGCGGAGAAGAUCGUGGAGGCUGCCACAGGUUUGGAAGAGUACCACUCGCAAGCGCCGUCUGCGGACGCGUCGGGCGCGGAGCGGAUCAUCCAGCAGCGCGUCCUGCACAAGAAGUUCCAGGUGCUGCUGGGCCAGGUCCGGACGUACCCCGGCUUUGAGAACUUUCUCCGGCCCUACUCGUUCGAACAGCUGGCGCGGGUCACCGCGCGCGGGCCGGUCGUGCUGCUCAUCUCCAGCGAACGCUAUGGAUCGUCUGCGAUCAUUAUCCGAAGUCCGAGCAGCGGCGUGGAGCAUGUGCCCCUUACGGGCUUCACCGCCCAUGCGCGGGGCAAUAUGAUCGCGUUGCUGGACGAUACGGUUCCGCAGCAUCGACCGCCUGCCCGGGAUGGCAAGUCAAGGCUGGCGAUCGUGAAGGUGAAGAGGCCGGUGCGAGAUGAGAAGGAUCUCAUGGAGUCCUUAUGGUCGAACGUGGUGGAGCCUGUCAUUUCCCGGCUUCGUUUGCAGAAAUGCGAAUCAUACGAUGCUCGGCCCAGGGUCUGGUGGUGUUGCGCCGGUAUCUUCACGUCGCUCCCGGUGCACGCUGCCGGAACGCUGAAACCGUCGCCCACGUUUUUGAGUGACUUCGCAGUCUCGUCGUACAUCCCGAGCUUGUCGAGUCUGGUAAUGGCGAGACAGAAAUGCGCCAAAACUGAAACCGCAAAGGUGCUCAUUGUCGCUGAGCCAGAUGCAGCAGACCACACGCCCUUACCCGAGUCGCUGCGCGAAGUGGACAUCAUUCGAGCGAAGAUGGCCUCAAAUCCGUGUGCGUUGGGCAAUCUGCGGGUUGAAGUCCGCCAGGGCAGAGCGGCCGUCCUGGAGCAGAUGGACGACGCGUCUGUCAUUCAUCUGGCUUGUCAUGGCUUGCAGGAUCGCGACCAGCCGCUGUCGAGCGGCUUCGUGCUGCGGGAUGAGAAGCUCACGAUCUCGGACAUCAUGAGGCUGAAGCUGCCGUACGCGCGCUUCGCCUUCCUGGCAGCAUGCGAGAGCGCCGCUGCGGAUCGCGAGCAGCCGGACGAGGUGAUACAUCUGGCGGCGGCCAUGAUAUUUUCGGGUGUGCCAAGCGUGGUUGGCACCUUGUGGUCGAUGGGCGACGAGGACGGGCCGACGGUGGCCGGUUACAUCUACGAAGAGCUCGCGCGGAGUUAUCCGAACUUCGACGACGACCGGAUACCCUUCGCGCUUGAUGCUGCGAUCCGCAAGUUGCGAGAGGACGGUGCUCAUUUUCACCGGUGGGCGACGUACAUCCACAUGGGCGUAUGAGAACGGACUCUUGGUUGUAUACCUCUCGGACAGUUCUAUAUCCUUGUAAUCUCUGUCAUACUAGGCGUUGCCCACCGAAUGAGCAAAGUAACUAAUCAAAUU